AUUUGCUUCAGCUUCAUCAUCAGAGAACACACCACCAUGAGGAACUUCAGCAUGUUUUUCCUCAUUUUUGCUGUAUUUUAUUUGAUUGAGGGACAGGCCACAAUACCUGAUUACUGUGACCUGCCGAAAGAUGAAGGUAUUGAAUCUGACAAAGAUAUUCAAGUCUACUUGUACUACAACAAGACUGCAGAUAAGUGUUAUCCAUUCCGCUACAAGGGAGAGGGUGGAAAUCAAAACCGAUUCAAUUAUGAGUUUUACUGCAUGAGAAACUGCUCCGCCAAUGCUGACCAACUAUAUCCUACAGACCGAACUAAAGCUUGCACCUUGCGAAAGGCUACAGGUGACUGUUUAGGUCAUUAUAUACGAUAUUACUAUGAUGCUGCUCAUGGAAAGUGCACAACAUUCUCUUGGACUGGCUGUGUGGGCAAUGGAAACCGUUUCUUGGAUUUACAGCAUUGCAAUGCCACAUGUUUUGGAAUAUUUGAUCAAGAUGAUAAUGGCGAUAAUGACAGUGAACUGGAAUCAGACACACCAACUGGCAUCAUUUUGGGAGCUGUUUUAGGUGUUAUUGGAGCCAUCAUUCUCAUAGUUGUGCUUGUUCUGGCACUGAAGAAGCCUAACAAAAGCAGAAAAACCAAAGCAAAGGAAACAAAAGUGAAAGAAGACCCAAACUCUCCCGGACCUGAUGUACCUCUUCAAAUGACCGAAAAGGCGUAAUGGACCACAAACAGCCAGCGGCAGCAUUAAUACCUCUCAUAACUCCAUAUCAAGUCUUCACAUCAGAACAAGACAUUAUUAGAAAAAUGGUUCAUCAAGCGGUCUUUGUUAGGGUUCAUCUGUCUUAGUUUCUUAGCUUCCUAAAGUGGUUUCCACUUGCAAAGCUCUCAGAUUGGGAAACAUUAUUGUCGAACUACCACUACUUAGAAACUUUAAGGCCCCCCACCCUGCCCCCCCAAGAUGGACAGCCACCUUUGAGUGUAGGUAGCCACAGCUGAAUAUUUGGCCAGAUUGGAAAUGUGUUUAUAAUGUAAAGUGAGCUUUGGGAUAUUCACAUAUACAUACACUGAAGAAUUAAGAGAGUACAAUUAUUAAUGUUGUCAUUUUGAUGGUGUGUACAUUUUAUGUUGUUAAUUUUUGGCACUAAGCUACACUACAAAGCAAACAAUGUUCUCUCAUGGUAAUGACUGUGGUAAAUAAACUUUGUUUUGUAAAGGG